AUGGCAAGAAAAAUGUGCAUUGUUAUACUCUUCCUAGUUCAAAUGCUACUUCUUCCUCAACAAAACCAUGCAGAGAUUGUUGUAUCCACUGUUGAGGUUCCAGCUCCACAACCUAGCAAAAACAAUAACACUACUCAAUUUCCCAAACAAGGUACAACUGAAGGAAGUCUUCAACCACAAGAUUGUGGACCACGUUGCAGUGAUAGAUGCUCAAACACACAAUACAAGAAACCAUGUUUGUUCUUCUGUCAAAAGUGUUGUGCUAAAUGUUUGUGUGUGCCUCCUGGAACUUAUGGAAAUAAGCAGGUUUGUCCUUGCUACAACAAUUGGAAGACCAAAAGUGGAGGACCCAAAUGCCCUUAA